AAAAGGUGCUGUUAUCAGUAUGCAAAGUCAUUAGCGGUGUCAUACCUGGUCGAGCGGUCGCUGAUGUAUUCGUCGGUCACCCUCAUCAGCGUGCCGCUGCCCAGUCGCAGCAAGCAUCUUGGCGACCUGGGCCCCCGGAGGCAUACUGAGCCCGAGGUAUUCACUUUCGACCGAAUCCCGGAGCUCAGGUAUGGACGCAGAUACAAGAGGCGGUCACUGAAAGUCCUUUAUCCAAUUUACCAGCCUCGGAAGACUGUACCUGCUAAGAAGGAUGUUGCAAAGAGACUUCUGUUUCUCCUGCUCUCCAUUGUUGCUCUGCAGGUCCACCUCACAACAGACCAACCAGAUGAUCUAUUUGUUGUCCCGGAGGAAGUGACUGUGGAAACUGGCAGUGAACUCUCCCUCCCUGCUUGGCCUCUCUGGAUGUCUUGUUCCACUUCAGCUUUGCUUAAGACACUGAAACAAGUCAAAGUGAAUAUUACCUGUCCAAAUGGCCAUUCAGCCCAUUUGAGUACUUGAGGGCUCAACUUUAGGAGCAACUGUAUAACAUCCAGUUGUUUACUUGGAAAUUGAUCUCACAACUUGAAGCAGAAAUUCAACUGUGGGAACAUCUCAUGGGACUGAAGUUAUGAACUUUGAGGACUGGGGAAUUGGGUUGAGCACCACAGAAUGCAAGCUGACUUCAACUUGCCAAAAAUAGGGGGUGGGGGGGGGGGGUUGGAGAGAAGAGUUAUUUUGUUCCAGCCAGAGCCGCCUCUUGGCUACAAGUACAAGAUUACAAGUGGGGUGCGGGUGCUCAGAUCAAUUUUUUUAUAUAAAAAAGCAGCAUCACACUGAAGAUAACUAAGAAAUAGAUAUUCAUAUUGUAAUUCUAAAAUCGGAUGAUAUUUUGCUGCCAUCUAGAGUAUUAAUUUGAUACUGUUUUAAGGAUUUUGUUAGAGAAUGUAGUGUAUUUUAAUGCUCAUACCUUCUGGUUUGCCUUGCAUCUUGUCCUGGUUUUAUUUUUGAGCAAGCUUUUGUUUGUAACUUUUUUCUAUAAGAGAUCUUGGUGUUCAAGUCCAUUGAUCGCUGAAAGUGGCUGCAUGUAGAUAGAUGUGACAUGUUUUCCUUACUAGUUGAACUCAAGUCAGGAAGUUACUCAAGUUAUGGAAUUGGCUUUGUUUAGUAUCAUAGAUGGCCAAACAAUUAUAGGAAGAAUGUAGAGACUUUGAGGGUGCAGAGGUAGUUUACCAGGGUGCUGCAUGGGUUCGUAGACAUGUUCUCUGAGAGGAUGAAUGGAUUUGGGUUUUCUCUGCAGUGAAAGAGGCUGAGGGAAGACCUGGUAGAUGUUUGAUUGAGGCAUGGAUGGCCAGUAUCGUUCCCCUGACUGUUAAUUGCUGGCAUUUAAAGUGAGGGGGCAAGGUCAAUGAUGUGCAGAACUGGUUUUGAGGCGAGUGGCUGGAAUGUCCUGCCAGGGGUGGUAGUGCAGGCAAGUACAGUAGCUGCUUAUGACCUUGGAGUUCCUGAAUCUGCAGAAAAUGGAGGGAUGUGGACCAUGUGUAGGUAGAAGAGAAUGGUUUAGUAGGUGUUUAACUAGUUCAGCGUCCAUAGAUCCCUUGGUUAAUAGGGCCCAUGGCAUAAAAUAAGAUCAGGAACCUCUAAAAUAGUUUAAUUAUUCUGAUGGAAGAGCUUGAUCCUGUAUUCUAUAUUGAGUGAGAUCAGCUCUUGAAAGUUUCCAGGAUAUACAUUGUGUAAUGGCUUAACUGAGAAUUGGGUAAUCUGCAGAUCUAAUGCUAGUAUCUAAUUUGAGAUGUGAGUUAGCUGCUUGACCUUUUCAACUCUGGAGGAAGUGGAUGAAGAGAAAAUACUUGAUGCACAUCCCUCCCCACAAAUCUGCUCAUUAUGGUUUAAAAAUCCAAUUGCAAUCCCUCAGAGCAGCUAAAGAGGAGCUUCUUUGGCUGCAGAGACCCAAGUUUGUAAGUCAGGAGCUGAAUUGGGCCAUACAGUUGAUUGUGUAUGCUUCAUCAUUCCAUCAUGGCUGAUUUAUUAUCCCCCUCAGCCCCAUUCAUCUUUCAUUCUCCCUGUGACCUUUGGCCUUGCUAUUCAAGAGCCAAUCAGCCUCUGCUUUAAAUAUACCCAAUCACCUGGCCUCCACAAUUAAUUCCACAGAUUCACCACCCUCUGGUUAAAGAAUCUCUAUUCUAAAGGGACAUGCUUCUAUUCUGAGGCUGUGCCCUCUGGUCUACUAUAGAAAACAUCCUCUCCACUUCCACCUUAUCUAGGCCUGUCAAUAUUCGAUAGGUUUCAAUAAGGUCUCCUCUAAUUCAGUGCUGUCAGUGUUGAGUUUGUGUUCUCUCUAUAUCUCUAGGCUUCCUAAAAAUUCAUGCAGCUGAUAAGUUGAUCAUAAUCGUGAUACAUUCUGCAGAUACUGGAACACCUGAGUGGUGGAAUCUGGGGUGUUUACUGUUAUGGGGAGAAGUUCAGGGGGGUAAAAUAGAGGGGUGGAUUUGAGCUGACAUGGUCUUGUCCUGAAAUGAUCUGCUAUUGAGGGAAUGGAAAGGAGUGCUGUUGGUGGACCUCAAAGCAUAAAGAAGAACAAGGCCAUAUUCCAACUUGAAGUCUCUAGUUGGAAACGGGGUGGUUCCUAGUAUCCAUCACAAUAAUCUGUGCUUCCCUCCGUACUCUGCAUUUCAGGAUGUAAGAUUUUCAGUAUGGAUUUUAACUUUUCAGUAAUGCACUGGAAGUGCAAGUGAGGUUGAUGUAACCGAGAGUUUGAGUAUUCCUGGAAAUGAUCUUGAUUUGAAUUUUCUGUUUGUCUACCUAUUUAUUUUUUUUUAUCAUAUUUUGAUUGAGUUGACGUGGCAAGGACUGAUUUGGGGCAGAGGUCAAGUGUGUAGACCACUAAGGCAAAAAUGACAACCUCACUCGUGGUCUGACACAAUUGGGUUUAAAAGUUCUGAAGUUGUUCAAGAGACAGUUCCUCUUUUAAAACGCCCUCCAGUCUUUCCCAAUCAACUUCCAUUUGAAGUUCCUGUUUGUAACACGAGCCAUGGAAUUUUUCAUAAGUUAAUAUUUGGAUAUCAAUUAAUGCAGUUUUAAUUUAUUCAAUGUCAUUCCUUGAAUGUUUAUUUGCAUAGAUUGUAAUCUAUUGAAGAAUCUUUUAAAGCUUUGUUUGAAAGUAAUCUCAUUGAACAAUGAUGGUAAUUACAUUUUGAAAU